AUUUUACUUAUCAGCACGCCACCGAACGUAAUAAAGCUUGAAAAAAAGCGGCCUAACAAUAGAAGUAUAUGGUUGUGUUAAUGUCAUUGGGCAAGCCGAUUAUAUUUUCGUUAUUGUCAACAAGAAAAUGAACCAAUACGUAACCCGUUAUCAAAAAAUCUCUUGUGUCGGUUAUGAUAUUUUUAUCCACUACUUUGUACUGCUGUUCGUUACGAAGAAAAAAAGAAUUAAUCUCGUCUUUUUCCAAACGAGUAUGCUCGUCAUUUUCUCCCUGAUCUUUCAAUAAUAAUUGUUCUCAUUAUGCUAAACGCAUCGGCUUUAUUACAGUAGUUUCCUGUAUCUAGUAUUUGUUUUAUGGUGUAUUUUUUAAGCAGCCGUUGCGAAAAUAGAUUUAGGUAUAUAUAUAUUUAAUCUCUCAAGAACUUAGCCUAUAAUUGACAAUGGAUGUUGUUAGUUUAUUUAAUGUACGUGACAACCUUAUAAAAAUCUGUUUGAUAACUCUGCGAAAAUUGAAAUGAACAUUCAAAAAUGAAAUUUACUUGCUUAUUUUAAUUAUAAAAAAAUAACAGACAAAUAUAGAAAUCCUUUUAAGACUUACGUGCAAGUUUGUUAUUGUUUAGUAUAAAAAAGAGGAUUUCAAGGCUUAAAUAAUUACACGGAUACGCUGAGGGAGGUUAUUAUGGGUGAAAUUAUCGUUUUUUCCUCUUUUCUAUCGUUGUUGAAAUCAUCAUCUGUUGUAAGAGAAUUAGUGCGAAUGCAUUUUUACAGCAUAAAAACAAAAAUUGCAGUUUUUUCUUAACUUGCAGUAGCUUGCUUCCUUUUACCUUACACAAAAAGAGUGUUUUUGCUGUGAAUCUAACAAUAUAUAGAUGGGCGCACUAGAUUUACGAGAUAUUGGGGAAGAACAAAGGAGACUCUCUGCAAUUUUUGCCUACGAUGGGCCAAGACGUUCGUUUUGUACUCAGAGAAAGAAAGAUACUGAUGGCAGUCCGACUCUCAGGAGUUUCCUAAAAAAUGGGGCUGCUGACGAAUCAUGUAAAAAGGAUCGUGAUGCAGAUCGCAUUAAACUGCCGCCUUUAGGCAGCGUCAAUAGGCCUUUGGUAAAGCGAAAACCUCUCGGUAGUGUAGAAGUGGAUUCGGAACACCAAAAUUUAGUAAGCCUACCCUCAAUCAGCACUGGGUGCAGCCGUCGGGAGACAAUCAUGGACGAAAAAGAGUUUGGAGAGCGCCCUCAGCGAAUCUUUCACGUGUUCGUCCCCAAGCAGACGACACGUCUUAGUACGUAUAUUGAGUCAGAGCAAAACGCUGCAGACGCUGAGUAUGAGAAGCUUGGUCAUCUCCGUUAUAAACACGGAAUAUUGACUAAUCCUUCACCGCCAUUGGAUAUUAUUGAUGGGAAGGACGAAGAAAUUACCUUUUGCAUUUGUAAACAACCUUUAAUUGGUUUACAAGCAGAGUUCUGCACAGAAUGUGGAGGUAAAAUAAAUGACAAUAGCCCCCGUAAUUCCAUCAGCAAUCUAGCUAAGCGAAGGCCAUCUGGAUUUAAGAGAGUGUCGUUAGGCACUUUAAGUAGCGAUCGCAAUAGUGACGUUUUACCAUCUACAUCUUUACAACACUAUUCAGAUGAAGAAAAACUGAAGUAUGUCAGUGACUUUAACAAUAACAAAGAACUAACAGGCAGCGAAAACGUCGAAGAUGCACUCGACCGGACGAUAGUUGAAGAGACGCUUGGCCCAUUGGUUAGGGAGACCGAUAAGAACAGCAUAUUAUUUGAUUAUACAUCAAAAUGGUUAGAAGAUGAAACCGGUGGAGCAAAUCAAGACACGAUCCACUCGAAGUUGCAGUCCUUCUCGAAAACGAAAGUGGAUCGAGAUGGUUGGAAAGAGGCUUAUAAUAAGGCGGUUGCUAUAGCACAAAUCUAUAAGGAUUCUAUCUUCACUAGUCGCGUAUCAAAGCCUUGGACAUUUUCUUUCUUUCAAGGUCGUACGUCAAAUUCAGUGUAUAAAAUUAAAAAGAAAAAAGGUGGGGAAUUAAAGCACAUUCUUGGUCGUGUGAAACUAGAAGACUACUAUCCAGGAGGUUUGAAAAAUCCAAAAUCGAAUAGAGUUAGCCAGGCGUUCUUAACCAGAGCCAGUAAGAUGAUGGCAAAGAGAACAAAGCCACCACCAUCGACGCUUAGCAGGCAACAAAGCGUUAUCAGCGUUAAAAGUUAUCCUAGCCUCUAUUCAUUUCACGCUACAUAAAAUUUAUAACGUAACGUGGACGUCAUCUUGCACUAGCGAAGUAAUAAGCCCAUGACCUAUCCUAUAUACCCGCUAAUUGAUUCAGCAUUUACUCCGAACUACCGAAGUCACUUAGAUUAUGGUACUAUAUUUAGUAUUAGCAUAUAUACAUAAAUAUAUAUAUAUAUAUAUAUAUAUUAAGGUACAAGCAAUAUUCUAAAGGUAUAAGUGUAGUAUAUACUUAUAGUAAUAUAGAUAUUGUUACAAGUACAUCUUGGAGUAUAUGAAAAUAUUUUAAUGUAUAUUAUCUACCCCAUAUAUUGUACGAUUUCUUUAGUAAGUAUGAGCUUUAUUAAUAUGGAAUAUUUUGCUGCAUUCCAUAUAUAGAUUCUCGUGCCAAACAAAAAAAACAACAGUUUUUUUCUACAGGUUAAUAUCCUCUUUUUUAUACGUUGUAUAACUUUCUAUUUCUGUGUUCAUAAACAUUUGGUUCUAUCUUUUCUUUCAUAUUUUAUAAGAAAAAAAAUCAAUGUGAAAAAGAAAUAAAAAUAAAAACCCCUUAUGCAG